GAGCAGCAGAAAGACUCUUGACACUGCAGCAACCAGAGCACAGAUGUAAGAUUUAUGUGCUUGGUAUUGCAGACAUAGUACAUUAUGGGGAAAAUUAUGUGCAAGUAGCUAAAGUACGAGUGUAUACGGUCUCCAGAGAGAGUGGCUCCCUGACCCCUGCAUUAUAACAAGUAGAGGAAUCUGAAUCUCGGAUUAGUUUUGGGGGCUUAAAUAAGGAAAAUGCAGGAUUACGAGGAGUCGGUGUUGUUUCUGGGGAGCUGGGGUCCGUUCCAGAGGAGAAUCUUCUUUGUUCUUUGCCUCACCUGCGUUCCAUGUGGAUACAACAUCCUGUCUGUCAUCUUCCUGCUGGCCAGCCCCCCACACCACUGUGACAUCCCUGCCCACAGUAACCUGAGCCAGGAGUGGAUACAGGCCAGCAUCCCAGCGGAGCAGGUGGCCGGGCAGCCGGAGAGAAGCAGCUGCAGCCGGUAUGAGCAGGACCUGGUUAGGAACCUGUCUGCAAUGGGAGCCAGUCCAAACUGGUUGCAGAACCAGUCUGCGCCGGGAUCAAGGCCAGAGGUUCUCCUGUCAAGCCUGAAGCGGGAGGGCUGUAGAGAUGGAUGGACCUACAGUACGCAGUACUUCCAGUCCACUGUGGUCACGGAGUUCGACCUGGUGUGCAGCGAACAGUGGAAACAGCCUCUGACUUCUCUCGUCUACUUUCUGGGAGGACUUUCUGGAUGUUUCAUCUCCGGACUAAUCUCUGACCGGUUUGGCAGGAAGCCCGUCCUGUUCGGGUCCAUCGCCAUCCUCAGCAUCUUCAGCAGUGCGGUGGCUUUCGCUCCAUCCUGGCCUGUCUUCACUGUUCUCUUUUUUAUGCUGGGCCUGGGUCAGAUCGCCUGCUACAUUGUGGUGUUUGUGCUGGGUUCAGAAAUCCUUGUGGGCUCCAGCAGAAUCCUCUUCUCCAGCCUGGGCCAGCCUUUUGUCUAUGCAUUCUCCAUGAUGCUGCUGCCAGGAACCGCAUACCUGGUCAGAAGCUGGAGACACCUAUCGCUCAUCAUGGCUGUGCCUGGCUUGGCUUGCAUCCCCCUCUGGUGGCUGGUUCCAGAGUCUCCUCGCUGGCUGCUGUCUCGUGGCCGCUUGCAGGAGGCCGAGCUUCUGCUGAGGUCAGCGGCUCUGGUGAACCGAGUGGAGGCUCCUCCGGUCAUUUUCCUCCCUCCCAAGGCUGAAAAAGCAGCAGAGUCUGUCAGCUUCCUGGACCUGCUGAAGACUGCAAAGAUUCGGCAUAUAACACUGAAGCUGUGGCUAAUUUGGUUUUCCAUGAGUGCCAGCUACUUUGGCUUGUCCUUCAGCAUGUCCACUUUGUAUGGCAAUCUCUUCCUGAACUACUUCCUGCUCACAGUUGUGGAGCUCCCAGCAUACUUUGCCAGCUGGCUGGCUGCGCGCAGCUUUCCUCGCCGUCUUUCAUUCAUCGGUUUCUCCCUGCUGGGGGCACUGGCGCUGCUCUUCAUCCAGGGCACCAUGAAAAGUUACCCAACUCUUACCAUGUCCCUAGUACUGUUGGGUAAAUUUGGUGUUCUGGCAGGAAAUGGGGUGGUGUACACCUACACUGGAGAGCUGUCUCCCACAGUCAUCAGAAAUACGGCAAUGUCUUCCUGUGCCAUGUUCUCCAGAGUGGGUUCCUCUGUGUCACCAUAUUUGCUUGAGAUGGCUGAGUUUAACAAGCUCCUACCCUGGAUUACUUUGGGUGUUCUGUCACUUCUCGGCGUUCUUCUCUGCAUCUUUCUGCCAGAAACGUUCCGACAGCCACUUCCUGAUACCAUUGAGCAGAUGCCGGUGACACAGUGGUUUGCAUGUCCCUGGGCCUCCAAAACUGCUUUGAAGGAAGAAGAAAAAAUCGCUAAGGAGCAGACUCCAUCAAUUGAGAUCAUCUGCACAACUUGUUUAUAAAGCAACCACUGAUAUCAUAUCUACCAGUACCAAGGUGCAUGGUUUUUUAUUUUGGAAAUGCUCCUCGGUAACUGAAGGAGUUUGAAGUCAUGCAUCAACAAGUCUUCCAUACAGCACGAACGGAGGGUUGUGGGACUCAGAAACAACCUAAACUCAAAUUGACCUAAGAGUGAGAGACAUGAAAGCACACGGCAGUCUGCUGCAGCAAAUAACUUUUGCGCUUUGUUUUACUGAAGGACUGAAAUGCUGGAACUGAGAUGAGGAACAUAAUAUACAUAGAACUGAAAAUGGAAGAACACUACGGAGAAAUCCUAUGAUGGUUUUCUGACAUAAGUAAUUUCUGAAUAUUCAGUUAGUUAAAUUAUAAAAUUGUUUUGGAAAUUAUUGGUGUAUUGGCAGCAUUUUUGUCUUUUUUUGCACUGCACAUGAACUUGAACAACAUGAACUUGAACAACAGGUGUACAUUUAGCAUUCAGGGUUUUAAUUGUGCAGUGAAGACCAAAUAUUCAGUUGUGCAUAUGUCAGGUUUAAUAUUCACAAACCUGACAUAUGCACAAAUCAAGAAUAUGCUAUUUUCGCUGUUCAAUAAACUUGGAUCAUAUGUCUUUUGCAUGUUAUCGUGACGAUAUGGGGGUCAUUUUCCUGUCUAUUACAUCAUCUUACAAAGUGUACAGUGUGUUGAAAAAGUAUUCAUGCCACUUGAACUCUUUCAAAAUUUUCCAUAUUGCAACAACAAACAGCACUGUGUUCGAGUGGUGAUUGUAUGUGACAGAUGAGCAGAAAUUUGAAUUCAUUUUUAUUCCUAUUUCUUUAGUUGAAUCUAUUCAAAU